CUCUAUUUUUAGCUCCUUUGAUAAAGUCCCAAUCUAGCGGCCGAAGAAAUUUUGGGCGUCGGGCGAUUUUCCUAGAGGCGACUGAAUCAUCGCUUACGAUUUUAAUUACUGCUGAAUCUGGACAAACACAAUCUCCACAGUCAAUGAAGAGCAUCAGAGACUGCUGAGGACGUUUGGAGGAACUUGCAGGACUUGUUUUGAGACGCAAAUGUUGGGCGAAUCGGCGGAGAUAAAUUAAAACCAUGACGGAAUACAAACUGGUUGUUGUUGGAGCCGGUGGUGUCGGCAAGAGCGCCCUCACGAUACAGCUCAUUCAAAACCACUUCGUGGAUGAAUAUGACCCUACAAUUGAGGAUUCCUAUCGUAAGCAGGUGGUCAUCGAUGGCGAGACGUGUCUCCUGGACAUCCUGGACUCUGCUGGUCAAGAGGAGUACAGCGCCAUGAGGGACCAGUACAUGAGGACCGGGGAAGGCUUCCUGAUCGUCUUCGCCGUCAACAACCGCAAGUCCUUCGAGGACUUCAACCUGUACUGGUCGCAGAUCUUCCGCGUGAAGGACACGGACGAAGUCCCCAUGGUUUUGGUGGGAAACAAGAUUGACUUGCCAGAGAGAACAGUGGACACUCUGGACGGUCUAGCCAUGGCCAAGAGCUCAGGCAUUCCUUACAUUGAGACGUCCGCUAAAACCAGGCAUGGAGUGGACGAUGCGUUCUACACGUUGGUCCGAGAAAUCAGGAAAGAUAAAGAAAGGCGGAACGCCAGCAAGAAAAGAAAGAAAAAGAGCAAGGGAAAAUGUGUUUUGCUUUAAGAAAAUAAGACAAACAAAAUCCUCUCCUUUCUAAAAUUAGGAUAAAUUUUACAACCAGUUUCCAGUGUCUCUUUGUGUAUUUCAAAAGUCAUUUGAGCUGACGUAUGUUCAAUGGGGGCAGCAAAUACAAGAGGUGGUAUCGUAGACUUGGGGGAGUUUACGAAACCCUGGCCUCAUCUCCAGUUGUGUCUCCAGCCAAAGAUGGAUAAGGCGAAAUAAAAUAAAAACA